AUGAACUGUAUGAAUUGUACUGAGAAUAUGGUGGCUAAACGAAAAGACAAACGGUGUACGAGCACUAGUUCUAGCGUGCUUCGACCUUUGAGGCCCCCUGCGAAUCAAACAUCUUGGCAGACACCAUCCUCUGCGUGCCAUGAUGGAGAAACUAAAGGCCCUGUCAUUGUGAAAGAAAUGCCGUUCUUUUGUUUUGAAGUUCUCUUUAGCCAUAUAUAUCGUCUGGAACCACCAAGGGUGCCUAGUUUUACGAACGAUCCAUACCCCUUAUUUGUAACAUGGAAAAUUGGAAGGGACAAGAAGCUCAGAGGAUGCAUAGGAACUUUUACAGCAUUGAAUCUACACCAGGGACUUAGAGAGUAUACAAUUUCUAGUGCUUUUAAAGAUAGCCGGUUUAAUGCAGUGACAGCAGACGAGAUUCCGAAACUUCAUUGCUCUGUUUCAUUAUUAACCAACUUUGAAGAAGCUAAGCAUUGCCUAGACUGGGAGAUUGGUGUGAAUGGUAUCAGAAUAGAGUUUUAUAACGAUAAAGGACACAGAAAGACUGCAACAUAUCUUCCAGAAGUUGCCAAAGAACAAGGUUGGAGUAAAGUUGAGACAAUUGACUCGUUGUUGAGAAAGGGUGGUUUUAAGGGACACAUAUCAAACGAAGUACGACAUCGCAUAAAGCUUACACGAUAUCGUAGCGAAAAGAUCACCGUCUGUUACGAUGAGUUUAUCGCAGCUCGUAACCGCUGCCAAACACCCGGCUGUCGCAACACGAUCACGUGAUCUUUUUUUGGAGUAGGAGAGCUUUUCAUAUUACUUCAUGAGGUGUUGAACUUACAAGCCGGCAGCUCAACCGGUUUUAUAUAACUCGUUGAUAUUAGUCGUAUUUAUCAAGGUUUUACAUGUUGUUAAUGAAUAAUUUCUACGCGAGAAAAUCAGUCAGAAAUUA